AGGCACACGUUCUGGCAGUAUCGCCGUGAGAACCCCCAAACCAAAGUGGGGGACCCCCCUCCUGACGGGCUGCCCGGCUUCAACAGUGGUGUCCUGCUCCUGAACCUGGAAGCCAUGAGGCAGUCCAAGCUCUACAACCAGCUGCUGGAGCCCACCAUGGUGCAGAAGCUGACAGAGAAAUACCACUUCAAGGGCCACCUCGGGGACCAAGAUUUCUUCACUAUGGUGGGGAUGGAGCACCCAGAGCUCUUCCAUGUGCUUGACUGCACCUGGAACCGGCAGCUUUGCACGUGGUGGAGGGACCAUGGAUACAGCGACGUGUUUGACCAGUACUUCCAGUGUGAGGGUGAGGUCAAAAUUUACCACGGGAACUGCAACACCCCAAUCCCUGAAGACUAGGACACCCCAGGAGCAGCUCUGACUGCAGCAAGCCCUG